AUCUCUAAUAAAAAUAUCCUCAUUCAUUCCCCCCCCUCCUCCAUGUGCUGCUUCUAUUCCCAUCUUUUACCCCAUCCACUCUCGCUACUACUACUACGUUCCUAAAACUAAAUACCUUGACUCAACGGAGAUCGAUCACAAAAAUGGUGGGAGUGGGGAGGCGAAUGGCGUCGCCGAUCUCCCCUGUUGUUCUCUUCUUGUUGGGUUUCUUAUUAUUCCCUUUUGUCGUCUCCGGCGAUAGGUUCACGGUGGGCGACUCCAAGGGGUGGAACCCGGGUGUCAACUACACCAUCUGGGAGGAGAAGCACCGUCCCUUUCACGUCGGCGAUUGGCUCGUGUUCUACUACCAGUCGGGCAUGGCGGACGUGGUCCAGGUGGACGCGAUGGCGUACAACAAGUGCGACGCGUCGAACCCCAUCUCCAACUACAGCAAGGGGCGGAGCUACGCCUUCGAGCUCAACCAGACCAAGCGCUACUACUUCAUCUGCAGCUACGGCUACUGCUACGGCGGGAUGAAGCUCUCCGUCCUCGCCCAGCCCCUCUCCCCUCCCUCCCCUCCCCCCUCCCACUCCAAAUCCCAAGCGCCAUCUUCUCCCCUCCUCCUCCUCCGCCUCCGUUGCGUCUUCUUCUUCCUCGUCACCUCCGCCGCCGCCGCCGCUACCUUUCUCGACCUCCUGCUGCUGUGAUCUCGAUCGGAUCGAAUCGAAUCGAAUGGCCACCACCACCACCACCGCCACCACCGCCAUUAAUUAAAGUUUAGUCGUAGUCAUUUUUUUUUCUUCCUUUUAUGUUCUCUUUUUCUCUUUAGUUUCCUUUUUUUUUUGGGGGGGUUUUCUUCUUCUUUCUUAUUAAAUUUGAUUAGCUGGAUGCGUUCGAGUGUGCGCGCGCGUGGUUGUGAGAGUGCGCGGUGAUGAGAUUUUAGUGUCGUGCAUCACAAAAGCAAGCAAGCAAGCAAAUGUGAAGAUUAUUCUUUUUUUUUUUUCUUUUCUUUUUUGGUUGUGGUUUGAGAUUCGAAUUUUACUUGAGAGGGGCGACAGCUGGCUUUGUUUUUCUUGCGCA